AUGGGUUUUUUCCAGGCCCUUUUUACAAAAUGGCGCCUGAAAAAGGCAUACAAGAAGCUGUACAGAGAUGACGGAGUCUACCUUCUUUUAUAUUGCAUGAGGGGAUCGAGGGCCCAGAGAGCACUGAUCAAGGAUUAUAAAUUCUUCACUGACAUCGUUGGCUCCACAGCCACUGUGGCAGGUGGCGUACCGGUCGCCGCUGUGGUUACCUCCUUGGAAGAUUAUCCCAAGGACAUGGAUGCGUGGUGGACGAAGAAUAAGGACAAUCUGGAACGCCUCGGAAUGCAGUUCUCCGCACACGCUUGUAUCACUUCUCUCCCAGACAAUCCAACAUCCUCACUCGCGAUGCGUGCACGUCGACAGCGAUCAGAACAAGUCAUUCGCCGUGUUAUUUAUGAGUCCU